GGUCAUGUGACUUAACUCCAGCUCACUUCCGACUCUGCGUGGAAGAGGAAAAAAGUUGCACCUCAGGAGUGAAAAAAGUUUUAUCUUUCGAUUCAUUCCGUGAAAACCAGAAACGCAGCAUCGUUCAAGCUCAUCUGCGUUUAUCGGAGGAUUAAUAAGGUCGCGGGGCUGUAUUAAUCGGUGUGAAUCGGGGUAAGUGCUCGGGAUGUCCGCCAACAGUGUGUCGUAUAACGAGCAGGGCUCGGGGGAGUCCGGUGUGGACGCGGCGCAGGAGAACAGCAGCAUCCCCGCGAGCAUCAGCGCCGGCGGGGCCGCCUUCAGCCUCUUCAGCGCCGACUGCAAGAAGAAUGAAGAUCUGAAGGAGAUGCUGGAAAGCAACAAAGAGUCUCUGAAGCUGGAGGCAAUGAAGAGGAUUGUGGGGUUGAUUGCCAAGGGAAAGAAUGCAUCUGAACUUUUCCCAGCGGUGGUGAAGAAUGUUGCAAGCAAAAACAUUGAGCUGAAGAAGCUGGUGUAUGUGUACCUCGUCCGGUACGCAGAGGAACAGCAGGAUCUCGCCCUCCUGUCAAUCAGCACCUUUCAGCGGGCGCUCAAGGAUCCCAAUCAGCUGAUCAGAGCGAGCGCUCUCAGGGUCCUGUCUAGCAUCAGAGUUCCCAUCAUCGUCCCCAUCAUGAUGCUAGCCAUCAAAGAAGCAGCCACCGACCUUUCACCUUAUGUGCGGAAAACCGCCGCUCACGCCAUUCAGAAACUCUACAGUCUGGACCCAGAUCAGAAAGAGCAUCUGAUCGAAGUGAUUGAGAAACUUCUGAAAGACAAAAGCACGCUGGUUGCUGGCAGCGUGGUGAUGGCGUUUGAGGAGGUCUGUCCGGACCGGAUCGACCUGAUCCAUAAGAACUAUCGCAAGCUGUGUAACCUGCUGGUGGACGUGGAGGAGUGGGGUCAGGUGGUCAUCAUACACAUGCUGACCCGAUACGCCAGGACACAGUUUGUCAGCCCGUGGAGAGAGGACGCUGUGUUUGACGAGAACAGUGAGAAAACGUUUUAUGAUUCAGAGGAGGAGAGGAGAGUGGACCAGUCCAAACCGUACAUCAUGGAUCCAGACCACAGACUCCUGCUCAGAAACACUAAACCACUGUUACAGAGCAGAAACACUGCAGUUGUGAUGGCAGUAUCUCAGCUCUACUGGCAUUUGUCUCCUAAACAUGAACUUAGCGUCAUCACCAAGUCUCUGGUGAGGCUCUUGAGGAGCCACAGGGAAGUUCAGUACAUUGUGUUGCAGAACAUCGCCACCAUGUCCAUUCAGAGGAAGGGAAUGUUUGAGCCCUUCAUGAAGAGCUUCUAUGUGAGGUCUACAGAUGCCACGCACAUCAAAACACUCAAGCUGGAGAUUUUGACUAACCUGGCUAAUGAAGCAAACAUCUCCACCAUACUGCGAGAACUCCAGACGUACGUGAAGAGUCAGGAUAAGGCGUUUGUGGCGGCCACCAUCCAGGCCAUCGGCCGUUGUGCCACUAACAUCUCUGAAGUGACCGACACCUGCCUCAACGGCCUGGUUCUGCUGCUGUCCAACAGAGACGAGACUGUUGUCGCAGAGAGCGUCGUAGUCAUCAAGAAACUUCUGCAGACUCAGCCAUCACAGCACAGUGACAUCAUCAAGCACAUGGCCAAACUCUUCGACAACAUCACUGUCCCGAUGGCGAGGGCCAGCAUCCUGUGGCUGAUGGGUGAAUACUGUGAACACGUGCCUAAAAUCGCCCCCGACGUCCUGAGAAAGAUGGCCAAGACCUUCACCAGCGAGGAGGACAUUGUCAAACUCCAGACGGUCAACCUUGCUGCCAAACUCUACCUGAGCAAUUCCAAACAGACUAAACUGCUGACUCAAUACAUUUUGAACUUGGGCAAGUACGAUCAGAACUAUGACAUCAGAGACCGAACGCGGUUCAUUCGUCAGCUGAUUGUCCCAAACGAGAAGAGCGGAGCCCUGAGCAGAUACGCUCGCCGCAUCCUGAUGGCACCCAAACCGGCUCCUGUCCUGCAGUCUGCCUUCAAAGAUCGAGACCGGUUUCAGCUUGGCACGCUCUCUCAUACUCUUAAUUCCCAAUCCAAUGGAUACCUGGAGCUUUCUGAUUGGCCGGCUGUCGCUCCUGACCAAUCAGUGAGAAUUGUGGAGGUAGUAGAACCGGUGAAAGAGGCCGGAGCACCACUGCUUGGUAAAUCCAAACCUGGCAAAUCAGCUGAGAAGUUCUACUCUGAUUCUGAGGAGGAGGAAGAGGGAAGUAGCAGUGAGGACAGCAGUAGCAGCAGCAGUGAAGAAUCAGAAAGCGAAUCUGAGAGUGAGGAGAACAGCGAUGAUUCGAAUAAGAGCAGCUCCAGUGAAUCAGACUCAGAAAAGAAGAAGAAAACUCUAAAAAAUAAAAAACUACAACAGCAGAAACCGGACAGCAAAGACAGGAAGCAGAAGAAUGGGAACGCUGUAAAGGGUGAAUCCAGAUCCGAAAAUGAAUCAGCCUCUGAGAGUUCCUUGUCUGAGAGUUCAUCUGAAUCCGGAUCAGAAUCUGGAUCGGAAUUCGAUUCAGAUUCAGACUCGGGAACAGGCCAGAAGAAAAACACAAAGUCUAAACCUGUGCAGUCUACACCAGUCACAAAGCAGGUUGAGAAAAAGGAAGUGUCUCUGCUUGAUCUGGAUGACUGGGAAUUGAUUUUGAACGAUAACUUGUAUAACUUUAAAGACAGACCUACUUUGAACUACGAGCUUGUUAAUCUGUGGAAGCAGAAGAAUGGGAACGCUGUAAAGGGUGAAUCCAGAUCCGAAAAUGAAUCAGCCUCUGAGAGUUCCUUGUCUGAGAGUUCAUCUGAAUCCGGAUCAGAAUCUGGAUCGGAAUUCGAUUCAGAUUCAGACUCGGGAACAGGCCAGAAGAAAAACACAAAGUCUAAACCUGUGCAGUCUACACCAGUCACAAAGCAGGUUGAGAAAAAGGAAGUGUCUCUGCUUGAUCUGGAUGACUUCUCGCCCGCGGCGGUCCCCACACCCAAGAGCUCCAUCCUGUCUCCUAGUCUGCUGUCUGACCUGCAAGGGCUCUCCAUCUCACCCACUGCAUCGGCCUUACAGGCGAGUUUUCCCGUGUUUGUGCCGGAAACCUCCCAUGAGCUGCUCCACAGGAUGACGGGUAAAGGUUUGUCCGCCCAGUACCGCUUCACCCGGCAGCCCUGUAUCUAUGGCAACAGCAUGGUAUCCCUGCAGCUGACACUAAGCAACAGUAGUGACCAAGCCCUGGAGAACAUCCACAUCUCUGAGAAGAGUUCCACUGGACAAAACAUCCACCACUUUAAUGCUAUCGGUGAGCUUCACACUACUAAAGAAGAUGAAUUCAGCGUGUCCAUACAGCCUGCGGUAGGAGAGCUGCUGGUGCCCAUCACGAUGACUGAAGCAGACUUCACCAAAGAGCAGGGCUGUGUAAAUGGGAGGCAGAUGGCAGUGUAUCAGGCACGUGGGUCCCCCUCAGUGAGAGAGGGAACGAGAGACAGACAGGAAGGAGGUACAAGGGCACAGAGGUCGGACAGGGUCGUGUCUGCACUGUUUGCCGGUAAGACGGUGGGUUCUGGAUGUCUGGUCCUGGUGUCGGUGGCCCUGAAGGAUCCUGAUGCUGGGAUCACCAUCAACACAGAGAAAACAGUGAUGGCCUCUAUGCUCCUGCGACAGGUUAAAAUCACCCUGACCAACAGCGGCCCUUAG